AGGAGGACGCGAAAAUAGCAAGAGGGGGCAGUUGACAAGAAGAAGUGAUUGUGCGUAGACGUCUAUAUAUAUCUUUCGAACAAGAAACAAUGCCUUGUCCGCUCAAAUAGUCUGAAGAUGCCCGUGUGUUACCGAAGUCCAAAUUGUAAAUCCGCUCGGUCUUCGAGUCGUUAGGGUAAAGUACCUAAUAGCUGUUUAUUACAGACAAAUAGGAAAAAUACAAUAGCCGUCUGGACUGUCACUUUUGAAUCAAAAGGGAGACCGCCCGACAGUCAUGGAACGGAGAGUGAAAAUUAAAAUUAGCUAGCCCAAACGUUCAGAUCAGCCCAUAGGAGAAGACAGAGCAAGACCACCUGGCACCUGUCGCAAGAAUGGAUUUUAGCACGCUUCGGAACCUCAUCAGUAGAUACUGUACGGGGGAGGAGAACUGGGUGGACAAUCGGACGGUCUACAUCGGGCAUAAAGAACCGCCGCCGGGAGCCGAGGCCUACAUCCCACAGAGAUACCCCGACAACAGGAUCAUCUCGUCCAAGUACACCUUUUGGAACUUCGUCCCGAAGAACCUGUUUGAACAGUUCCGCAGGAUAGCCAACUUCUACUUCCUCAUCAUAUUCCUGGUGCAGCUCAUCAUUGAUACUCCGACCAGUCCCAUCACGAGUGGUCUGCCUCUCUUCUUCGUCAUCACAGUCACGGCCAUCAAACAGGGCUAUGAGGAUUGGCUCCGGCACAAGGCAGACAACUCCAUCAACCAGUGUCCUGUGCACGCCAUACAGCACGGCAAAGUGGUGCGCAAACAGAGUCGCAAGCUCAGGGUGGGUGAUGUGGUGAAGGUGAUGGAGGACGAGUCCUUCCCGUGUGACCUCAUCCUGUUGUCCACCAGCCGGGACGACGGCACCUGCUUCGUCACCACGGCCAGUCUGGAUGGAGAGUCCAGCCACAAGACCCUCUAUGCGGUGCAAGACACAAAGGCCUUCAACACCGAGGAGGAGAUCGACACCAUACAGGCCACCAUUGAAUGUGAACAACCACAGCCAGACCUCUACAAAUUUGUGGGGCGCAUCAAUAUUUAUCUGGAGCGAGAGGAGCCCAUCGCCAGGCCGCUGGGCUCGGAGAACCUGCUGCUGCGUGGUGCUACGCUAAAGAACACGGAGUACAUCUACGCGGUGGCCAUCUACACGGGCAUGGAGACCAAGAUGGCGCUCAACUACCAGUCCAAAUCCCAGAAGCGCUCAGCAGUAGAAAAGUCGAUGAACUCCUACCUAAUCGUGUACCUGUGCAUCCUGAUCGGUAAAGCGCUCAUCAACACGGUGCUGAAGUACGCAUGGCAGGCCGAUCCCGACCGCGACGAGCCCUGGUACAACCAGAAGACCGAGACCGAGCGCCAGCGCCACAUACUUAUCAGAGCCUUCACGGACUUCCUGGCCUUCAUGGUGCUGUUCAACUACAUCAUCCCCGUCUCCAUGUACGUAACCGUGGAGAUGCAGAAGUUCCUGGGCUCCUACUUCAUCACCUGGGACGACGAGAUGUUCGACGAGGAGCUGGGCAUCGGGGCCAUGGUCAACACCUCCGACCUCAACGAGGAACUGGGACAGGUGGAGUACGUGUUCACGGAUAAGACGGGCACGCUGACGGAGAACAACAUGGAGUUCAUCGAGUGCUGUGUGGACGGCCACGUGUACGUGCCGCACGCCAUCUGCAACGGCCAGGUGAUGGCAGGAGCCACGGGCAUGGACAUGAUCGACUCAUCGCCCAGCGCUGAAUCAAAGGAGCACGAGGAGCUGUUCUUCCGGGCGCUGUGCCUGUGCCACACGGUGCAGGUGAAGGAGGAGGAGACGGUGGACGGCAUCAAGAGGGGCAUCCAUCAGGGCAAAGCCACCUCCUUCUACAUCUCCUCCUCCCCCGACGAAGUGGCACUGGUGGAGGGCAUGAAGAGGCUGGGCUUCACCUAUCUGCGGCUGAAGGACAGUCACAUGGAGAUCCUGAACAGGGAGGACGAGAUCGAGAGGUUCGAGCUGCUGGAGGUGCUGAGCUUCGACUCCGUGAGAAGAAGAAUGAGUGUUAUUGUACGAUCCAGCGAAGGGGAGUACUUCCUGUUCUGUAAGGGCGCCGACUCGGCCAUCUUCCCCCGCGUCGUCUCCGGCAAGGUGGAGCAGGUGCAGGCCCGCGUGGAGCACAACGCAGUGGAGGGUCUGCGUACGCUGUGUGUGGCCUAUAAGAAGCUGAGUCCCGUAGAGUACGAGGAGGUGUGUUAUCAGCUGAACAGCGCUAAGCUGGCUCUGCAGGACCGGGACAAGAAGCUGUCCGAGGCCUACGACAACAUCGAGAAGGACUUCAUCCUGCUGGGGGCCACCGCCGUGGAGGACAGGCUGCAGGACAAGGCGGCGGACACCAUCGAGUCGCUGCACAAGGCGGGCAUGAAGGUGUGGGUGUUGACGGGGGACAAGAUGGAGACGGCGGCGGCGACGUGUUACGCCAGCAAGCUGUUCCGCCGCAGCACCCAGAUCCUGGAGCUCACCACCAAGCGCACGGAGGAGCAGAGCCUCCACGAUGUCCUGCACGAGCUCAGCCGCACCGUGCUGCGCCACCACGACCACGGCAGCAUGACCCGCGACACCUUCUCAGGUCUGUCCAACGAGUUCCAGGACUACGGUCUGAUCAUCGACGGGGCGACGCUGUCGGCGGUUCUAAAGCCCCCACAGGAGGGCAAUAAUGGCAGCACGGGCAACUACAAGGAGAUCUUCCUGGAGAUCUGCCGCAACUGCAGCGCUGUGCUCUGCUGCCGCAUGGCCCCUCUACAGAAAGCACAGAUUGUAAAACUGAUCAAGGCUUCCAAAGAACAUCCAAUCACGUUGGCCAUUGGAGACGGAGCGAAUGAUGUCAGCAUGAUUCUAGAAGCCCACGUGGGCAUUGGCGUGAUGGGUAAGGAGGGGCGGCAGGCGGCGCGGAACAGCGACUACGAUCCCAAGUUCAAGCACCUGAAGAAGAUGCUGCUGGUGCACGGGCACUACUACUACAUCCGCAUCGCUGAGCUCGUGCAGUACUUCUUCUACAAGAAUGUGUGCUUCAUCUUCCCCCAGUUCCUGUACCAGUUCUUCUGCGGCUUCUCCCAGCAGCCUCUGUACGAUACAGCAUAUCUGACCCUCUACAAUAUCAGCUUCACGUCGCUGCCUAUCCUGCUGUACAGUCUGAUCGAGCAGCACAUCAACAUGGACAUCCUGCGCAAAGACCCCUCCCUCUACAGGGACAUAGCUAAGAACUCUCUGCUGCGCUGGCCCAUCUUCGUCUACUGGACCUUCCUGGGGGUGUUCGACGCCGUCGUCUUCUUCUUUGGUGCUUUCUUCCUCUUCGACAACACCACCUUCACCAGCAACGGACAGAUGUUUGGGAACUGGACGUUCGGGACGCUGGUGUUCACUGUGCUGGUAUUUACCGUCACGCUCAAGCUGGCGCUGGAUACCCACUACUGGACGUGGAUAAACCACUUUGUCAUCUGGGGAUCGCUGCUCUUCUACGUCAUCUUCUCUCUGCUGUGGGGAGGAAUCAUCUGGCCCUUCCUGAACUACCAGAGGAUGUACUACGUGUUCAUGCAGAUGCUGUCCAGCGGGCCGGCCUGGCUCAGCAUCAUCCUGCUCAUCAUGGUCAGCCUGCUGCCCGACGUCGUCAAGAAGGUGCUGUGCCGAGCCCUCUGGCCCACCACCACCGAGCGCAUUCAGAACGCUGACAAGUUGUACCACGGCCACCUGUCGGAGUUCACGCCCAUGACGUCCCUGCAUGCCCCCCCCCGGGGGCCCAAGCGCUCGGACGGACUCGGACAGAACCCCCCUCGCAGGUCUGAGCCCCCCCCUCCCAAAAAGAGACUGCUGUACACGCACUGGGGGGGUGGGGGGGGCGGGGGCCCAGACUACUGCACCUUCAGCUCCUUCCUGCGCUUUGGCGACAGCCCUCGCCUCUCUGGGGCCACCUACGCCUACAGCGCCCCCGGCCCCGAGACCUCCGUCUGACCCCCCCCCCCCCCUACUCAGCCCACACACACACACACGCACACACACUCACUCUUGUUCCACUCGGCCUGGGCUCCUGUCUUCACACACCCACCCACCACUCACAGCCACACAUUGCAGGACGUUUAUGCCUUUCUUCUUUCUUAGAGAGAACUCGAAUAGAAAACACACACACACACACACACACACACACACACACACACACACGCACACACAGUAUCAUGUGGGAACUGUAUCAUUAAGGGAGUCCACUCCCUCCCCCACCCACUCAGUGGCGGUGUUGUCCAGAUGGGUGGCUGGCCAGGGAGUCUCAGGACUUUGUCUUUUUCGAGGCCUUAGUUGGAAUGAAGGAAUGGAGAAAAGAGUGACCAGGGACCACCUCCACCUUACACUCACACACACACACACACACACACACACACACACACACACACACUCAGUGUGUCAGACGUGCCGAACGCCCCUCUCCAUAAGCGCACGCGUGAUCUUUAGCAGCUGGACCCAGGGGGUUUGUUCACAUGCUCUGCUGCCACAAGAGAGACUCCCCAGCCAUUCUAGCGUUUGUGUGGCUCUCUCUGUGUGUGUGUGUGUGUGUGUGUGUGUUUUGGUCAGUGCCACCCAUUCCCUCGUCUCUGUUGUUGUUCUAACUGUAUGUCUGUUCAUGCGACAUUACUUGAAGCAAACAUUGGCUCUAUAUACAGAACUUACUCCAUGCUGAUUGGCUGCCGGCCUCAGAGAGCCCUUAUCUGAUUGGAUGUGAUGAUCAUAAGAGGCGGCGGCUCCACUGUGUUGCAUGUGCCUGAACUGACUGAGCUUUCUGUCUUCUGUUUCUCUCCUCUCCUCUCCUCCCUCACUCCUCUCCUCCCUCGCUCUCCUUUGUUCUCCCUUUUUGUUCUUCUCUUCCUGCUUCUUUAUAGAACAAACUGGUGUUGCCUUUGCGCAAACCUGCUGUCCCGGAACACGCCGUGAGACUAGCGUUGUCUAGUGCAUUUGCAUUGUAAGUUACUGCAGCAGGCCCGGGCAGCGCCAGAGCUCUCGUGUAGAACCGUAGCGGAGCGGAGCGCUGGGUCCAGUAGUCUUGUGCGUGUGUGUGUGUGUGUGUGUGUGUGUGUGUGAGAGAGCGCCCCAAAGCCAUUCUUCCUUCCCUUGGUUAAACGCUGUAAUACUGUUGUCAAGGCAACACCGACUACACACUUGGAGCUUGUUUUCCGAAUAAGGAAAAGGCUGAUUUUUGUGUUGCGACACACUAGUUUGGGUUUAGGGAGCCAAUGGUCUCUGUUGCCUUCACAGCUAGUUACAGUGUGUGUUGGAAGUGUUCAGCUAGUUUGUUGUCUCUAAAUCUUCAAAGGGCCAAAUUCCUGCAAUGCGAUCCCCUCUGGCUGCACUAGAGGGCGCUGUUCCAACAGGACCACGUGCUGUGUUGCUCAGCUGCAGCAGAUACACUGAAUGUUCCCAUUUGUCCCUUCAGUGCCCUCUAGUGUACGCUAUUGGUACUACAGCAGACUUCAGCCUGCUAGAUCUGUGACCAGUGUUGGUGUGUACGUAGACGUGUGUGUGUGUGUGUGUGUGAGUGUGUGUCCUAUACGUCCUGGCCAUAUGCAGUGCAGCCCCAUCAGACUAGCUCCACCAGGCCGCUGUGUGGCUGUGUAGAUGAGAGCUUGUGUUAUGCCUUAAUGUUACAUUAACGUUCUCCCCCCUAAUCCUACUCACUCAACGGAACCAAAGGUUUUAAAAAAGGAGAAAAAACAAGCAACUCGUACAUGUUUCUUUGCCUUACAUACAUAUAGACAUUAAGAAUGGAGUCAUAUAGAUAUACAUAUACAAUUAUACAUAUAGACGUAAAGAAUGGAGUCAGCAGCCGUCAGCUCUGUGCUCUGGCGUUAUACGACUCAAGCCAUUCUGCCUUAAGGGACGCCUGUGUAGUGGGAUGAGAUCACAUGACCCACGGCUGUGUAGUCGGACCAGAUCACAUGACCCACGGCUGAUCACAUGACCCACGGCUGUGUAGUCGGACCAGAUCACAUGACCCACGGCUGAUCACAUGACCCACGACUGUCGCCACAUCCAGAAGGGCUCCGCUACCCAACCCGCCGACUGGAUGAUGUCAUAAUUGCGGAUGUAAAUAUCACGCUCACAGUCCAAUCGGAUGAGUUUAUCCAUCUUUAUCCAACGUGUGCCGUCCGUGACGAGCCGAGAGAAUCAACCUUUUUUACUCCACGUGUCUGUUGUCCACGUGCGUAUUAUCACAAGCACAAGCAGUAGCGUAGGCGACCUCUAACUUACUCAGAUGACCUCCAAUUGAAUUGGCUGACAUCUGAGGCUGACGCUGGCGCUGGGUGAUGACUCACCGGGUCAUGUUGUCCAUCAGAGCCGUAGUGGUCCAGAUCGCUCCCCAGUGUGAGUGUCGUGUCCACUUCACCCCUCGAACGGAACCUGCUGGCAGCAUCGAUUUUCAGACUGCUGCAGGUGGUAUCGAUAGUAACUCUGCUGCAGGCAGUAUCGAUAGUAACUCUGCUGCAGGUGGUAUCGAUAGUAACUCUGCUGCAGGCAGUAUCGAUAGUAACUCUGCUGCAGGUGGUAUCGAUAGUAACUCUGCUGAAGGCAGUAUCGAUAGUAACUCUGCUUUAGGUGGUAUCGAUAGUUACUCUGCUUUAGGUGGUAUCGAUAGUUACUCUGCUUUAGGUGGUAUCGAUAGUUACUCUGCUUUAGGUGGUAUCGAUAGUAAGUCUGAUUCCAGCAGUAUUGAUAAUAACUCUGCUUUAGGUGGUAUCGAUAGUUACUCUGCUUCAGGCAGUAUCGAUAGUAACUCUGCUGCAGGCAGUAUCGAUAGUUACUCUGCUUUUUGUGGUAUCGAUAGUAAGUCUGCUUCAGGUGGCGUAACUCUGCUGCGGGCAGUAUCGAUAAUAACUCUGCUUUAGGUGGUAUCGAUAGUUACUCUGCUUCAGGUGGUAUUGAUCGUUACUCUGAAUGCUGAAAGUGAGCUUUUCACGUUUGUGUGCGCAGCCUCACUCACUCAUGCACUGUUGAAAAUGUGUUGCCGUGUCUCAGUGUGCUUUCCAUAUGCAUCCAUCAUCAUCAUUUAUUGUUGUUUAUGUUUGUUUGUUUGUUUUUUGUCUCUCCUCUUGUUCCCUUGCUUUCUGUUGUGCAGCCGUGCGCUCCUUCCUGGAUCUUCUCCUCCUGUUCUGUUUCUCUACCUCCACCACUGCUUGUUCUUCAUUCACUCGUUCACCCGCCCACUCACUCACUCACUCGUUCAUUCAGCUCACAUCCCCUAUGGUCAUUCACUGGAGUCAUGACUAACGAUGGCAGGGUAAGAAAGACAUGGAGGUGAUAUUUAGGUGGCGAUGUGUUUUUAUUUUACUAUUGUGUUACGAUUACGAUAUUUUAGGUGGCGAUGCGUUAUUGUUUUGUUAUUGUGUAAUUACUCUUGUCUGUAAAGAUUCUUAGCUGCUUGACAGUAGGUGCCUUGAGGUCCUCUUUGAGCUAUUACUCAGCACAUAAACACACACAUACACACACACACACACACACACACACUCAUACAGUACAUCACACUUCCAUCGUAGACACACCCAGCCACACUAGCACCCUUGGUUUUAUAAGGAAUGUCUGAUAUGGUGUGGCUAUGGCAUGCAAUGUAUCAGCUGUAGUCCUUCAGAUGAGCUUUUGCUAGUGACGUCAUGUGGGGUCAUAUUAGACUGUACAACAUUGUUUAUUGUUGCGGAGCUAAUGCAUUGUAAGAGAACCACAAUCAAAGUCAUUACUCUGGAAUUGUUUUUUUUUUUUCUUUUAAUUAUUGUUUUGGAAUAUGUCGAUGUGACGAGGUUUACAAAUAUCGAACAAACGAAUGAAUGAAACCUUGCCAGGAAGACAACUCCGCAGUCCAAAGCUGUCGAACUGUUCUCGAGUGAAUGUGGACGACGUCAGUCACUUUGGGGGGGUCAUUUUUCAAGCGCAUUUAAAUGUUUACUGUGAGAAUGUUCCUCUGCCCUGUGGUUUGAAACACUGUGGUCAUCCAGCUUUAUCAUGAGAUUGCCGCCGGACGCGUCCAGCGCUCUGUGUGAGUCUGCUUUUAUUUAACGCUGUGGCGCGCCGCUCGCACAGCACCUGGGCAUAAACCCCGCCCCAUCAUGUGACAGGAAGUACCUGUAAUGGCCACCACUCAAAAACUUGAAACGAAAACAAGAACAUUCUCAAAUAUGUUACUUAACUGUAAGAUAAAAGUAAAGGCAUUUGUUUGAAAUGUAAUUACAGAUAUAUCACAACUCCGAAGUUACAUUUCUUUGUUUUGCCACAGAUGUCUUGCUACUAGUCAUUGCUUCCUUGUGCUAGAGCAUGUAGUUUUUUUUAUUAUUAUGAUUUUAUUUCACUCUGUUUUUGAUUUAUGGAAUGUGUCUGUAAAAAAACAGUUAUGGCAUGAGGUAAUUUUAAAGAAAUUGAGGCUGUACACAUUUUUAGAUGAUCUAACCUGUGGUGUUGCUGAGAAUGACCAUCAGGAUUUCUGAAUGUAUCAAAAACACAACCCCUGUCCUCUUUUACACCGUAAAACAGGAUAGGGCAUUUUGCUCCUGACAGUGCAACUGACUUGGACAGAGAGCCGCAACAGCGGAGGAGUGUUGGAAGAAACAUUCUCCUCACGUUCAGAGUGCGUUCUGAGAGCGAGCGCAAAAGAGCCCUGUGUUGCUACUGAGGGCCUGCGAGGCGAGAGCCAGAGAGCUGGUCACUACCGCAGGGCUCUCGCCGACGUCCUCUCGCCACGGCUAGCGUUCCGUCUGCUCCACCGAAUUAUCUGAAAUGCGAUAUUUUCUAUAACUUCAGAGAAUCAACUUUUUGCUACUUUUGUAUUCACAUUUGAAAAGAAAAAAAGAGAAUAUUACCGACUUUAUUUAUUUUAGGGUAUUAAUUUUCAGUUUUGUAACCAAAAUUAGUUUUGAGGGGGACAAAAAACCUAUAUCUGUGUGUGUGUAACUUUGGCAGAGCAUAAACUGAUAAGUAAUAGCUUUAACGUUCUGCUGUCUCUGGGUUUGUUUGUUUGUUUGUUUGUUUGUUUUUGCUUUUCCGUUGUGUUUUACGUCAUGUUGACAUGCACUGUUUGUAAAGGGGGAUAAACUCACUGAUCACUCGAUCUGGAAACAGAGGACACUUUGGAGGACUCCUACAAAAGUGUGACCAAAUACUAGACUACUAUAAAUGUCUGUUGUCUGUACCGCUUCCUGGACUCGUAGCAAAGCCUCAUCUAAGCCAGCCUUGACAUUGGAGCAGAAUGUGCGUCUCUUUCUCCUAUACGUUGGCACAACGCGUCACGAUAUUGCUCUUAACUUAAAAUCUGAUUAAAUGUAUGUAUACUACUGUACACUCUGCGUUGCAUAUGUAGUUAUAAAUAUAUAAAUAUAUAUACAUAAAUAUAUAUAUAUUAAUGUACAGUUUGGGGGUCUUUUGUAUACAGUUUUUAACAGAUUGUUAUCUGUAGAUAUAUGUGGAUUUUUGCCAGCUUUUGUGUAGCUAUUAAUGGCAAACAACUGUAUAUUUGCUUGUAAUAAACAAA